AUGAAACCACCAAUGAAGAAGAUAAAUUUCGGCGCUGGUCCAGCGAAAAUUGUUGAGGAGGUUAUGGAGCGAGCUCAUCAGGAAUUUCUGGAACAUCCCGGUUCAGGAAUCAGCAUUCUUGAGAUGAGUCAUCGUUCAAAAGAAUUUGCGAAUGUGAUUAAGAGCACCGAAACGUUGCUGAGGGAGCAAAUGUCAAUACCAAAUGAAUUCGAAGUGUUAUUCUUGCAAGGCGGUGCAACUGGGCAAUUUUCUGCGAUACCACUGAAUCUGAAGCGUGAUAAAGAAUGUGCUGAUUAUGCUAUCACCGGAAGUUGGUCUUCGAAAUCGGCAAUUGAAGCAGCUAAAUACAUUGACGUGAAUCAAGUUUUCACCCCGCCGAAGCCAUUCGUAACAAUACCAGAUGAAGAUGUUUGGAAAAGGAAUGCGAACGCUGCGUAUUUGUAUUAUUGUGCAAAUGAAACCAUUCACGGUGUCGAGUUUAAGAAAGCACCACAAUCUCUCGAAGGAGUACCACUCGUUGCAGAUGUCUCAUCCAACAUUCUUAGUCGUCCAUUUUCAUUCCAAAAUCAUGGUCUUGUUUUUGGAGGAACGCAAAAGAAUUUAGGAGCUGCUGGGUUAACAUUGACGAUUGUGCGACGUGAUUUAAUCGGUUAUCAACAUCCAAUGACUCCAGGCAUAUUCAGCUAUGCUGAAAUGGCUAAACACUCCUCACUCUAUAAUACACCCAAUAGUUACGGGAUAUAUCUCACAAAAUUAAUACUUGAAUGGAUUCGUGAUAUUGGUGGGAUUGACGAAGUGUACAGGCGAAACCAGGUGAAUCGUUACUAUUGCACGGUUUCAAUUCCAGUCAAGCUUAUUAGCUCGGUAUAA